CUUCCUGUUCCAAACCACGUGGACGCGCCGGGGGCUGCGGGAGGGAACCCAGGCCGCCCCUGCCGCUGUCGCUGCUACUGCCAGUACCGCAGCCCCCUCACCCAUCCGAAGUCGACUCGUCCCUGCUACCCGCGUCUUUGCGGAGGGCGUGCACAUGGCGACCCAGGCGCACUCCCUCAGCUACUCAGGCUGCAACUUCUUGCGCCAGCGUCUGGUCCUGUCCACUCUGAGCGGGCGCCCUGUCAAAAUCCGAAAGAUUCGGGCCAGAGACGACAACCCCGGCCUCCGAGAUUUUGAAGCCAGCUUCAUAAGACUGUUGGACAAAGUAACUAAUGGUUCUCGAAUUGAAAUAAACCAAACAGGAACGACCUUAUAUUAUCAGCCUGGCCUCUUGUAUGGUGGGUCCAUGGAGCAUGACUGCAGCGUUCUUCGCAGCAUUGGGUAUUAUCUGGAGAGUCUGCUCUGCCUGGCUCCAUUUAUGAAGCACCCGCUGAGAAUAGUUCUGCGAGGAGUGACCAAUGACCAGGUUGACCCUUCGGUUGAUGUUCUGAAGGCAACAGCACUCCCUCUACUGAAACAGUUUGGGAUUGAUGGUGAAUCUUUUGAAUUAAAGGUUUUACGACGGGGAAUGCCGCCUGGAGGAGGAGGUGAAGUGUUUUUUUCAUGUCCUGUGAGGAAGGUCCUGAAGCCUGUUCAACUCAUAGAUCCAGGAAAGAUCAGACGUAUCAGAGGAACGGCGUAUUCAGUACGUGUAUCACCUCAGAUGGCAAACCGGAUUGUGGAUUCUGCAAGGAGCAUCCUCAACAAAUUUAUACCCGAUAUCUAUAUUUACACAGACCACAUGAAAGGCAUCAACUCUGGGAAGUAAGUGUCUUUUUCUCUGUUUUUGCUGAGCCAUUUUACUUCUGGAUUACAUUCAUUGAAUUCUGAGUUAGCGACUGAGGGCCAGGGAAGUGGAGAACUUGUGUGGGCUUUGGCUUUCCUCGGCAGGAACUGCGCCAGGCUGCUGCUCGAAGAGAUCUACCGGGGUGGGUGUGUGGACUCGACCAACCAGAGCCUGGCUCUAUUACUCAUGACCCUUGGACAGCAGGAUGUUUCCAAAGUCCUGCUCGGACCACUCUCUCCCUACACGAUAGAAUUUUUGCGGCAUUUGAAGAGCUUUUUCCAGAUUAUGUUUAAAAUCGAAACCAAGCCAUGUGGUGAAGAACUCAAGGGAGGGGAUAAAGUGCUGAUGACCUGUGUUGGCGUUGGCUUCUCCAACCUUAGCAAGACCCUCAAGUGACACUGUCAGAAGAUGAAAGGCCCAAAGGCUUCUAGACAAUGCAGAAGCUGCCAAGGAACCAAAGGGACCAGAUUCUUCCAGGACUUUCCUAACUUUCUGUUUGAAAACAAUCAGGAUAUCCAAACAAAAGACGUCUCUCUACCUUGUGGUUUUCAGCCAUUUCUCCGGGGCAGACAUUCCUCAGGAGGCCCAGUCACAACGGGAGCUCCCUCGGCUUACCUGGAUGAAGAGUGUGCCUUUGGGACACAGUUGUACUGCUGCAGCAUCACAGCUGCGUUUUAGCACUGCUUCCUGAGCCCACAUCCUCAGGCUUCUGCCGUGUGGCUAUCUUCCAGACCUUUGGAGUUUCUCACAGUUCCUUCUGCAAGGACUGACCCCCCUGAAUCUUGGUUUCUGUGUAGGGAUUAAAUGAGAUACUAUGAGUGGAACCCCUUUAUGAAUAAUGUCAUGUCAUGCAAAUGUCAGAAAUUGGUGUGUUAGACUAUUUUAUCCUUUGUCUUCUGAAUGGACUGCUAUCUUGGAGAUAUACUGCUCCCCAUCUGGUUCAUUGUAUGUGGAUUUUUGGGGAAUGAAUGACUAGGGAGUGCAAGGGUCCAACGAAAGUUAUUGGAUGUUUUCCAUAUCUCGGGUGUGCUAUGCAUGUUCUCAUUUUAUUCUCCCAAUAGCCCAGUGAUGUAGAUUUUAUUAUCCCCACAAGAGAAAUUAAAAAAGGAUAUUUUGUGCCUUUUGAAACUUGAUAA